CUCGCAUCGCCCAUCUUUAACACGGUCCCGUUAACCGGAGAUCCGCGUCCCGUCCCGUACUGAUGUAACGUGUUAGAACGGAUCAAUUCCCGGGUACGUGGACUUUUGCUUCUGCCGUCAACUUAAGACUUCAGACGGUGUUUUUAAACGGCGAGAGGUGUCUUUCUAAGUGAGGAAAUCAACCAAGAGUGAAGAUAACAAAAAGAUGAUUGAAACAAUUGACACGCAGCGGUGUCUGCAGGCAGUGGAACGACUACAGGCUCGUCUGAAAGAGAGAGGAGGCGACGUUCCCUCAGAAGAGAAACUGAGCCUGCUCAAAUCUGUCCUGCAAAGCCCUCUGUUCCACCAAAUCCUCGCGCUCCAGAAAUCAGUACAGCAUCUUCAGGAACAGCCUUCCUGUGUAAACUCCGAUUAUAACGGAGGAUAUGUCGUCUCAGCUCAGAUUAACGGGCCAACCUCAUCAGAGGAGCACGAGCACAUCAUUCGCACCAUGGCUCAGGGUCGGUACGUAACUCACGUUGACUUGGUGAAGCCGGUAUCAGGAGGCUUGGGCUUUAGCGUGGUUGGACUGAGAAAUGAGAACCGAGGAGAACUUGGCAUUUUCGUACAGGAAAUCCAGACAGGGAGUGUUGCAUACUGUGAUGGGAAGCUAAAGGAAGGAGAUCAGAUCCUGGCGAUAAAUGGACAGCCACUGGACCUGAACAUCAGCCAUCAGCAGGCAAUUGCGCUGCUGCAAAGAGCAUCUGAGCAUGUACAGAUUACGGUUGCCAGAGGGGCAAUACCUCAGCUUUCCAGCCCAGUGGUGUCCAGAACACCCAGUGCUGCUAGUACAUUGUCUGCACAUUCAAGUGGGACUCACUGGACACAGGUGGAGACCAUAGAGCUAGUCAAUGACGGCACCGGUUUGGGUUUUGGCAUCGUCGGGGGUAAAACCACAGGUGUCAUUGUCAAGACUAUUCUACCUGGUGGGAUUGCUGAUAAGGAUGGUCGAUUACGCAGUGGCGAUCACAUCCUGCGUAUUGGGGACACUGACCUGUACGGUUUGGGCAGUGAGCAGGUUGCUCAGGUGCUGCGGCAGUGUGGCAACAGAGUCAAACUGCUCAUCACCAGAGCAACCGUGGAUGAUGCUUCCCCUGCACCUGUAGCCCUGCCAACAGUUACUGAGCAACAGGACAUUGAAGAAGCGGAGACGGAUGCAUUCGAUGUAAGUCUGACAAAGAACACUCAGGGUCUCGGCAUCACCAUCGCAGGAUAUAUUGGAGACAAGAACUCCGAGGCCUCUGGGAUAUUUGUGAAGAGCAUCACUGCAGGAAGUACCGUGGAGCAGGAUGGCCGCAUCCACGUUGGAGAUCAGAUCAUAGCUGUGGACAGUGUGAACAUACAGAGCUACACCAAUCAGCAGGCAGUGGAGCUCUUACGCCACACCGGUCAAACAGUCCAUCUCAGACUUGUUCGCCAUGGCUUUAGACCAGAAGACACUCUCCUGCCGAUCAUACCUGCGACCACCGAGGCUAAACCAAGACAGGAGUGUGUCUCCGCUGACAGCAUGCACGGUGUGGCCAUGAUGUUUCCAGACACGAUGGAAUCAUCCAGACAUGUAGCCGCUGCUGCUUAUUCGCAGCGCACAUCCGAACGAAAGAAAGGUAUCAAACUGAACGACGAUGAAGAAGAGGAGCUGAUGAAGAAAUGGCAAAAUGCUUUGAGUCCUAGCAAUGAAGUUAUUGUGGUACAGGUAGAGAAAUUUAGUGAGAACAGUGGACUGGGGAUCAGUUUGGAAGCAAAUUCUGGUCACCACUACAUAUGCUCGGUUUUACCCGAGGGACCUGUAGGACGUUCUGGAAAGCUCUACAGCGGAGACGAACUCCUGGAGGUGAAUGGUAUACCUCUUAGAGAUAAGACACAUAAGGAGGUAGUGACCAUUUUGAAGGAGCUGCCCGUGUGUGUGUACCUGGCCUGCUGUAGGCCCGCCCCUUUGCCCUUGACUGACAGUCAGUCUGGCCAACCACGGCCGGAAGAAGUGGCUCCACGGUUGACAGAAGAGGAGUUCGAUCAUGAUGAAGACUUCCUGCUGCCUGGAGAAUCAGAGACGAGCCUAAGGGAUCUUGUGCCAGAAGAGACUGUGGGAACCUCAUUAGCAAUGUGGGAGUCAGAGAUCCAGGACAUCGAGCUAGAGAAAGGAGAACGUGGACUGGGUUUUAGCAUCCUAGACUACCAGGAUCCUAUGGACCCAGCUAAGACUGUGAUCGUGAUCAGAUCUCUGGUGCCUGAAGGUGUAGCUGAACUCGACGGACGUUUGUUGCCAGGAGACCGACUGAUGUAUGUCAACAGCAUGAACCUUGAGAGUGCCAGUUUGGAGGAGGCAGUUCAGGCACUGAAGGGGGCAAGCUUAGGCACCGUCCACAUCGGAGUAGCCAAACCACUGCCUACUCCCUCCUCUAUCUUCUCGGCUCUGUCGCGGAUGGAGAGAGAUGAGGAUGAGGAGGAGGAAGAAGUCUUAUUCCGCGCUGAGCCAGUAAUGAUUGACACUAGUGACGUGGACUUGUCAGAAGAGAAGUUUCAUCACGACGGUGAGGAAGACGACACGAUUCAGGCGUCCAUGAUCGCUCUUCACGGAAGCGCCUGCAGUGCAGACCUCACCUAUCAGAUGGCCAUGCAAGUCUCCACCCCUCAGAGAAACCCCGUCCUGGAUUCAUUCAUGGAGUAUCCUUUCAUGACGUCAUCUGAAAUCGAAGAGCCAUUUUCUCCUGAGGAGAAGGGAACAUCUGUAAGGCUUGAACCAGGGACAGUAAGAGUUGGCUUCACCCACUCAAGUCUGAUUAUGGAACAUGAUUUGAAGAGAAUGGACUCCAUGGACCCAACGCUGUCAAAAGCUGGGAUUUGUAGAGCACACCCUGCUUUCACUUGUAAAGAAGAUGAGCUUACACUGCCAUUAUAUCGAGAAACAGGACUGAUCAUGCCAGAGAUCCAAGGGCAUGUGCAUGAAGUUGGUUAUGUUGUUGCUUCUCAGGAGGAGGAAGAUGAUUUCCCAAUGGAUAAAACUCAAGAGGAAGAAACCGAUCAACAAGAAAUGACCCCAGGGAGCAAUUUUGAGAGGACCAUCACUGUUGUCAAGGGCAACUCAAGUUUAGGAAUGACAGUGAGCACAGUGAAGGACGGUGUGGGUAUGCUGAUCCGCAGUGUCAUCCAUGGUGGGGCCAUAAGCAGAGAUGGACGCUUAAGAGUUGGAGAUCUCAUUCUCGCCAUCAACGGCGAAGCAACCGGGAACCUGACCAAUGCACAGGCACGGGCCAUGCUGCGCAGACACUCACUCAUCGGAUCUGACAUGGGAUCUUCAGUUGCUCCGGAUGAGGAGCUCUGCCCCUUUUAUAUCAUUACCUAUGUCCCAGGGGAAUAUUUAGAGGAAUACAAGGCUCUUAAGCAGGCCAAGGAUGAUGCCCUUACCAUGGAUGCAUUAAAGACACCAAGGUCUGUAGCAGAGCUUCCUGAGAGAGAGGAUGGAGAAGGGGAGGAGAGUGAACUACAGACAGCAAACUUCAGCAACUGGAACCAACCAAGGAAGGUGGAGCUCUACAGGGAGGCUGGAAAAUCUCUGGGUAUCAGCAUUGUUGGUGGGCGGGGCAUGGGUAGUCGCCUAAACAAUGGAGAAGUGAUGAGGGGGAUCUUCAUCAAGCACAUCCUUGAAGACAGCCCCGCAGGACACAACGGAACUCUGAAAACAGGAGACAGAAUUGUACAGGUGGAUGGUGUAGAUCUGCGAGACGCCAGUCAUGAGCAAGCUGUAGAUGCCAUUCGUAAAGCUGGCAACCCUGUUGUGUUCCUGGUACAGAGCAUUAUCAACCGGCCCAGGACAUCGGCAGCAGACUCCGUCGAGGGCAAAACAGCGCGAGUCACAAACCCCAACAACAAGGAUGUUGAGAGUCACAGUAGGCUUUUCCUCCGUCUCUCCCCAACUAACCCUUUCACCCCUACUCCAUUUAAGCUGAAUCGAGAACCAGGGAAAAUUUCUCCAACGAUGCCGUUUCUCUCGGUGCCACGCAUAGGCGAGACAGACACAGACUCACUGACUGAGAUUCCAGGUCAGCUUUCUCGUGACACGAUGGAGGAAGAGGAAGAUGAGUUUGGAUACACUUGGAAUAAGGUGGUCGAGCGUUAUGGGAGUCUGCCCGGUGUGUUGCAUAUGAUCGAGCUGGAGAAGGGCAGAAGGGGUUUAGGUCUGAGUCUGGCGGGUAACAAGGAUCGCUCAAGAAUGAGUGUGUUUGUAGUAGGCAUUGAUCAUAAUGGAGCAGCUGGGAGAGAUGGACGCAUCAUUGUAGGUGAUGAACUACUGGAGAUCAACGGUCAGAUUUUGUAUGGUCGCUCCCAUCAGAACGCCUCAUCUAUCAUCAAGAGCGCCCCAUCCAAAGUAAAAAUCAUCUUUAUUAGAAACACAGAUUCACUCGCACAGAUGGCUGUCAUUCCAAUGAAGGAAUUCGAAGACGUUCUGGACACACAGCCAGAGUCCCAACCAUGUUCUUCUCUCAUCUCCUCACUGACUGAUGUGGAUGUGUUUAAAUGUGUCCAGAGCAUUUUCUUACCAGUGGAAGAGGAAGGACUGGCGUUUAGCGAGGAGGACGAGAACGGCACGAUCCUUAGAGACAACGGAGCAGCCGUGAAAGUACAGGAUUUUAGUACACAGCCAGGAGACAGACCGACGGUAGUAGAUAACGAAACGGCACAUGGCCUCUCUGUGGAGAAGCAGGUAACAUCAUUACUGACCAAAGCAACAAGCUCAAGCAAGACCAAUCUCUGUACAGAUAUCCACGAUGCAAUCUCUACUUCACCCAACCAGACACGGAGACUAUCAGACCCAUUGGUGGUCUCCAGUAUGCCUUUGUCCUUGACACCCCCUGAAAUGGAAUCAGUCAAGAGUUCUAGCAGAUCAUCAACUCCCAUAACUCUGGCCUCUGACCCUGUGACCUGCCCUAUAAUCCCUGGUUGUGAGACUACCAUCGAUAUCUCUAAAGGAAGAACAGGGCUCGGCCUCAGCAUCGUGGGUGGCUGCGACACACUGCUGGGCACUAUAAUAAUUCACGAGGUGUAUGAAGAAGGUGCUGCUGCUAAAGAUGGACGACUCUGGGCAGGAGAUCAGAUUCUCGAGGUGAACGGUAUUGACCUACGCACCGCGUCCCACGACGAAGCGAUAAACGUGUUGAGGCAGACGCCACAGCGAGUGCGUCUGACCGUGUUCCGUGAUGAAGCACAGUAUAAGGAGGAAGAGCUGUGGGAUGUGCUGUCAGUAGAGCUGCAGAAGAAACCAGGCCAAAGCCUCGGACUCAGUAUCGUCGGAAGGAGAAAUGAUACAGGUGUGUUUGUGUCUGACAUUGUGACGGGAGGCAUCGUGGAGUUUGAUGGCCGGCUCUUGCAAGGAGAUCAGAUUUUGUCCGUUAACGGUGAGGAUGUUCGUACAGCAACACAGGAGUCGGUUGCCGCCCUGCUAAAGUGUUGCGUUGGUCCAAUCAAAUUAGAGGUGGGACGCUUCAAGGCAGGUCCAUUCCACUCAGAGAGACGCCUGUCGCAGGUCAGUCAGUUAAGCGAUGGUGAAAGCUGUAAAGAAAGCCAGCUGUCUUUCACUGGUUCUGGCAGAUCACAAGAAGACUUUGAGAACAGCCGAAGUCAGGAAUCACUGGACCAAGACAUCCGAACUGUGGUGCUCUCCAAGGGUCCUUGUGAAUCACUAGGAAUAAGUAUAGCAGGUGGAGUGGGCAGUCCUCUGGGCGAUGUGCCCAUCUUUAUUGCCAUGAUGAACCCCGCUGGUUUGGCUGCACAGACACAGCAACUCAGAGUCGGCGAUAGAAUCAUAUCAAUCUGUGACAUAUCUACAGAAGGCAUGGCCCACAGCCAAGCUGUAUCACUGCUGAAGAACACCACAGGAACCAUAAGUCUUCAGGUUAUUGGAGGUGACACUACAGUAACAGGUCCUGCUCUGGAUCAAACAUCUGGACUCACCAGCAGCAGUAUAUUCCACGAUGACCUGGGUCCUCCUCAGUGUAAGACUAUCAGUCUGGAUAGAGGGCCAGACGGCUUGGGCUUCAGUAUAGUGGGAGGAUUCGGCAGUCCCCAUGGCGACCUGCCCAUCUAUGUCAAAACGGUGUUUGGGAAGGGUGCAGCUGCAGAAGAUGGGCGUCUAAAGCGUGGAGAUCAGAUAGUCGCAGUCAACGGACAGAGUUUAGAAGGAGUCACACACGAGGAGGCUGUUGGUAUCUUAAAAAAAACCAAAGGGACCAUCACACUUACUAUACUCUCAUAGGACACUGAAUUAUACAAUAUCUUAUAAAAAAAAACACUGGAUUUUUUACACACUGUGACCUUUUAACCUUACUACUGUAAAUAUCCAGUACAAAAUCAUAUUUUUAUUAUGAUCAUCAGUCAUUAUUUAUUCUUCUACUAACACAACAGAUGUUUCAAAUUCUUACUUUUCACAUUGUUGGGAAAUGACUGAAGAGAAUUUUUUAGCUUCUUGUUCUGAAUAUACUGAUUUAGCUUCAUGUAUCAGUAGUUAGUGGGUUAUGAACAUAUGAAUGUACUUUUGGGGUGCAGUCAUCAAAGCAUAUAGAAAAUCUCAAACAGCAGCUUUUGAAUAGAGUCGUGCGAAAAUGUAGUUGAUUUUUAAGGCUGUUUCUACCUUGGUAGAAAGCUCCAGAGCCAGGCCUGAUCUCUGAGCUAACUAACUUUUAUUAGACAGCAGAGUUAACACUUCAGGUAAGAGUUUUAGUCCCAGACUUAAUAAAUCAAUCAGUCAAUAAAAAGCUCUAGACUACAUUCAUACAGUUGGUAUCGCUGAACACACAAUUCAUGUGAAGAGAUGAUUUAGGCCUCUAAACUGUGUUCUUUUUUUAAAAUCGAGACCGAGACUGUGAGAAACUAACCAGCACACAAAGGGGUUUUAAAAUUGUUGUGAUCUAGCUGUUCCUUCACACUGGGUCUUUGUAUACAGGGCUAUUUUUAGUAGUUUUGGAUCUGAUUUUGUUUUGUUUUUUAAUGGAAAGAAACACUGUUUUUGGUAUAUGAUGUAUCUGUAUAAGCAUUCUACACAACUUUACAGUUUUAGACAGUUUUAGACAGUUUACACACAAGCAAUAAGCAUUUCCAACACCAGCUCUUUGUUUUCUGGAGAGAAAUAAAUAAAAGUGACAUCCAAUCAAA